UUGCUACCAAUCAUUUUUACGAGCUGUCAUUUGUGUUUACGAAUUUGUUUAUUCAACAAACUCAGCUUGAGUAAGCAAAAGUUGCAUCUUCGCAGAAAUUAGUUUCAAAUCCAUUUACCGGAUCAAUUAAACGGCCCUGAUGAUGAUGGACAAUCCAUCGCAAUCCCAGGGCGACCGGGAGAAAUCGGAAAAGUUAAAGAUCUCAAGCCAGGUCAAACAUAUCCCGAAGGAUGCCCAAGUUAUCAUGUCGAUCCUGAAGGAGCUGGGCGUGGCGGACUAUGAACCGCGGGUCAUCAACCAGUUGUUGGAGUUUACUUACAGAUACGUAACGUGCAUUCUGGACGAUGCAAAAGUGUUUGCGAACCACGCCCGCAAAAAAGUCAUCGAGCUGGACGACGUCAAGCUGGCCACGCAGAUGAUCCUGGACAAGGCGUUCACGAGUCCACCGCCGCGGGACGUGCUGCUGGAGAUUGCCCGUAACCGGAACAACACGCCACUUCCGCUCAUCAAAACGCACUGCGGCCUGCGACUUCCGCCCGAUCGUUACUGCCUGUCGGCGUGCAACUACAAGCUGCGCGCGGCCCAGCAGGCGAAGAAGAUGACCAAAUCGGCCCUGGACGGACGGUCCAGCAUCAAGACCAGCGUUGGCAAGUCGAGUGGCGCAGGAGGAGCUUCCGGAGGAGGCGGAGUCAAACGUCCGGCGGUGCAGUCCACGCCCAAAACGCAGGUCGUGUCGAUUCCCAAGCCGGUGUUCAAGUUUACUACCACGCCGAAGACGACGGCCGUGAAGCCGAUUAAAAACGCGCCAAUUUCGUCGGUCGGAGACGGUGGUGCGGGAUCGAUCGAGAUCAAGACCGAGGUUGAGGAUCCGCUGGGUUUCGGCGCAAGCGACAACGAGAGUGGAAGCAUGAAGCGGAAACGCGAAGAGGAUGAUUUUGAAAUAGUGCAGUAGAUAAAUUGGUUCUACCUUUGGUAAUUUUUAAGCAAAACAAGAAUAAACAUCUGAUUCGAGGUAAAAAA